AUGGUGGGCUUCGGGGCGAACCGGCGGGCCGGCCGCCUGCCCUCCCUGGUUCUGGCAGUCCUGCUGGUGGUGAUCGCGGUGCUCGCCUUCAAUUACUGGAGCAUCUCCUCACGCCACGUCCUGCGGCAGGAGGAGGUGGCGGAGCUGCAGGGCCAGGUCCAGCGCACCGAGGUGGCCCGCGGGCGCCUGGAGAAGCGCAAUUCGGACCUCCUGCUCUUGGUGGACUCGCACAAGAAACAGAUUGACCAGAAGGAGGCCGGGCGCCUUAGCAGCCGGCUGCAGGCCCGAGAGGGCCUGGGGAAGAGAUGCGAAGAUGACAAGGUUAACCUGCAGAACAACACAUCAUAUCAGAUGGCAGACAUACAUCAUUUAAAGGAGCAACUUGCUGAGCUUCGUCAGGAGUUUCUUCGACAGGAAGACCAACUGCAAGACUAUAGGAAGAACAACACUUACCUUGUGAAGAGGUUAGAAUAUGAGAGUUUUCAGUGUGGACAACAGAUCAAGGAGUUAAGAGCUCAGCAUGAAGAAAAUAUUAAAAAGUUAGCACACCAAUUUUUGCAGGAACAAAAGCAAGAGGCCCACAAGUUUGAAUCAAAAGGUGGAAAUGAAUUGGAUACGGACAAUCAUGCAGUGCCUAAAAACAUUCCAGAAGUUGCUGAGAACGGUGCAGGCAAGAAUGAAGCGCCCUCAAGCCAUCAUAUUCCACACGGGAAAGAACAAAUCAAACGAGGUGGUGAUGCAGGCAUGCCUGGAAUAGAAGAGAAUGACCUUGCAAAAGCUGAAGAUGUUCCUGUUGCUUUAAAGAAACCCCCUGUUUCCUUUUCUCAAUAUGAAAGUCAUCAAGUAAUCUCCCAUCUUCCAACCGGAAAACCUCUCUCCCCAAAUAUGGUUCCAGAUUCUCACAUAAACCACAAUGGAAACUCUAGAACUUCAAAACAGAACCCUUCCAAUCCUCUUCAGCGUUUAAUUUCAGGCCCUAACUUGGAGAGUGAACCCAGAAUUCAAGUAGAAGUUCUAAAGCAGGCUACCAAGGAUCGAGCUGGUGAUUUCGAUAAAUUGAAGCAAAAUGAUGAAGAACGAGAACUCCAGAUGGAUCCUGCAGACUAUGGAAAGCAACAUUUCAAUGAUGCCCUUUAAGCCGUGAAGGAAAACCUCAGAUAACCUAAAGUGCUGUAAAAUGGAAUCAUUUCUACUUUGUCUAUUUUGACUUUUCUUAUAAAGAUCAGUUGUAUCAGUUGUAAAGAUAAAUUGAGAUAGAUUUAAUGAAAAAUUUUAAUGAAGGAAUGUACCCAUGUACAUAUGUGAACUUUUCAUAUUGUAUUAUUAAAGCAGAGACUUCUGGGGUUAUGUUACAGUUGAGCCAAAAACAAAGUAAGAAAAACUUUAAUCUUUGCAUUUAAAGCAAACUAAUGUAUAUUUUACAUUUUAUUGAGCCUAAUUCUUUCCACAAAGAGACAAACAGGAAAAAUGGUUGUACAGUUUAUAUGUUGUGCAUAGCAGAACCACAGUGAGAACAACUAUUCAGCUGAAAAACUUUUUAUACACUAACAUAUUCUUGUUAGCCCAACAGGUGUUCUGUUCUAUCCACUCUUUUCUCAUGCUGUUCAAGGAGUUAUCCUAGAACAGUUUCAUAAGAGAGAGGCACCUGAAGCCAAACACUGGGCAGCAACGUGCAGUCACCCCCUCCUGUCCUUACUUUACAUGAGUGCCGAUGUGUUUGGUAGAUAAGCUUUCAGCUGAGGCCUGAUGUAAGCUGAGAAAACCUGCAAAGACAUAACAAUAUUUAUGAGUUAUACUUACCUUACUUCAUGAAAUUGUGAAAUGCAUGAUUGAUGAUCAUAUUUUUAUUUUUUCACAUACUAUCAAUA